UUUUUAAAACUGGUCGGUAUAUUGGUCAUGGGAUCUUUUUUGAAGGUCUCAGCUUCAGCGCUUAUUUCUAAACUAUUUUCAACUUACGCUCAUGAAUCAUCUCUAGAAUUUUCCCGAAUCAUCAUAUAAGUAUUCAAUACAUUACUAAUUAUAAUGGAAAAUUCCAUGAAACUUUUACAAGUUCAAGUUUUUUUUCGACAUGGUGCACGUACACCUUUAUUUCAUGUAAAAUCAUCCAUUUGUCCUGAAGCUAUAUGGUCUCCGGAAAUGUCUACAGAUUUAUCGCAUACAUUAUUUCCAUAUCGUUUAAUUGAUAUUUCAACACAAAAACAAAUUGAAUUAACUAAUGACUAUCUGGAUAAAUUAUUUAUUUUACCUGGUGGUAACAGAGUUGGUGAAUUAACCAAAGGUGGUCAAUUAGAUGCAUUGAAUUUGGGCAAUCGUUUGAAAAAAUACUAUAGAGAAAAUUGUCAUUUCCUUUCAGACAAAUUUCAAUCAUCACAAUUUUAUCUAAGAACUACAUUCAUUGCUAGAACGAUUAAAUCAUUACGUUGUGUCAUGGCUGGUUUAUAUCAUGACAAUUUGUCAUCAAUAAUUGAACCGGUUAAUGUUGAAUGUGAAAAAUUGACCGCUGAAAUUCUCUUUCCAAAUCCACAUACUUGUGACCUACUUGUACAAUUAUUCAAUGAUGGUAUUGCAGAAUGUCAUAAAUCUAAAAUUUUCCAAGAAAUGAAAGAAAAAUUACGAAAUAUUUUAGGUAAGUAA